GAAGAAAAGAAAAUAAUAUGAGUAGUAAAAUUUUUCCCAAAGAAGGAGAAAUACAGAGUAUUCCCAUAGUUAGUAAUGAUUUUCAGAAUGAAUUUGAUGAUAAAAUAGUAGUAGUCCCAACCACCACUGAUGAUAUUGAGGGUAUUCAGCCUUUUGAAGUUUUUAUUAACAAUGCCCUUGAAACUGGUUUAGAUUGUCCCAAACCAAAACAAACUUUAAGCAUUGCUAUUCCUACCAGUCUUUAUCAAAAAUUAAUGAAAGAGGUAGGAAAAGGAAAAAUUGGCAAGUUUAUCAAGGAAACAGUAGAGGAAAAAUUAGAGCAGGAAAAAGAAAAUUUAGUAAUUUCAAACGACACGCAAAACUUAUUUAGCCCUUUAAUAACUGUCAUGCCUAUUACUUCUUUGAAAGCAGGCGACAAAAUAUUUCCUUUUCAAAUUUUUAUCCAAUUAAAAAAAGAAAGCGUAAUAUUAGUAGACCAAAUUCAAACAAUUGACAGAGAGAAAUUUUUGGAUAGAAUUGCCAAAGUCUCGGAGGAGAUAAUGGAAAAAAUAGUAGAAAAAUAUGAAAAGUAUCUCAAUCAGUCAAUAAUCAUUAAAAGAGGUGAUGAAGAAAUACCAGUCCCUUUUAUUCAAAUUUUAGAUGCUUUAACUGGCUCAGGAAAAACCGUAAUUUUAGCCAAAACCGCGGGAGAGAUUAGUAAAUUAUCUCCAUUAAAACCUAUAAUUUUAUGGUUAAGCAAAGCCAGUGUAGUAGUCGAACAAAGUUUUAAUAAUUUAACUAGUGGUGGAAAAUAUCACCAUUUAUUAGGAAAAAGCGAAGUUAUUAUGCUGUCAGAAUACCAAGAAAGAUUAUUAGAGGAAAAUGAAACUCUGGUUCUUUUUGCUACUGUCGGAACCUUUAACCAAAAAGACAAAGAGGCCG